ACUUGGCCCAUUAAAGCAUUUUCCAUAGUAGCUUCCAUAAACCCUAACAAAACUCUCCUCCUCCUCUCGUCGUCGUCUCAAUUUCUUCCUCACUUCGUUCUCCACGCCUCACCCUACUCCGAAUCGAGAAAUGGGAAGCCAACAAGCAGCGGUUUCGUUCCUCUCCAAUCUAGCGAAGGCGGCUUUCGGUCUUGGAACGGCGGCGACGGUGCUGAACACGUCGCUAUACACCGUUGACGGCGGAGAGAGAGCUGUGAUCUUCGAUCGAUUCAGAGGAGUGAUGGACCAGACCGUCGGCGAAGGGACUCAUUUCCUGAUCCCGAUUCUGCAGAAGCCUCACAUCUUCGACAUCCGCACGAAGCCCCACACGUUCUCUUCGAUCUCCGGCACGAAGGAUCUUCAGAUGGUCAAUCUCACCCUUCGUGUUCUCUCUCGCCCUGAGGUCAUGCGUCUCCCAUACAUAUUCCAAACAUUGGGUCUAGAGUAUGACGAGAAGGUUCUUCCUUCUAUUGGAAACGAGGUUUUGAAAGCCGUGGUUGCACAGUUCAACGCUGACCAGCUCCUCACUGAGCGUCCUCACGUCUCAGCGCUUGUUCGUGAAUCGCUAAUCAAACGUGCCAAAGACUUCAACAUUGUGCUCGACGAUGUUGCAAUCACGCACUUGUCUUACGGGUAUGAGUUCUCAAAGGCUGUUGAGCAGAAACAGGUGGCCCAGCAGGAGGCCGAGAGGUCUAAGUUUGUGGUGAUGAAGGCUGAUCAAGAGAGGAGGGCUGCGGUUAUAAGAGCUGAAGGUGAGAGUGAAGCUGCACAGUUGAUCUCUGACGCUACGGCUAAAGCUGGUAUGGGACUUAUCGAGCUUAGGAGGAUUGAAGCUUCGAGGGAGGUUGCAGCUACACUUGCGAGAUCUCCUAAUGUGGCUUACUUGCCCGGUGGCCAGAGCAUGCUCUUUUCUCUGAACCGUUGAUGAACUAAAUGGUUAUGGGGAACCUCUACGAUAUUUUAAUGAUCAAGUUGUGAAUCUGGAUUUAAUGAAAUGGUGAAAUGCUCUUUGAACUGUGAAGAAAAAGAAGAAACUUUUUACUUGGCCAAAAUGCUCUUUGAAUUAUAUAACAUUUACCUCAUUUGAGAUCUAUCUUAUUUUCAAUAAAUAAACACAAGACAGUCUCAGUUCACAAUUACG